AGCAAACAUUUAAAAAAAAAAGAAAAAAGAGACGAAACAAAACUCUAUGAUUUUGUUACGUAACUUAAUUUGUCGUUUAUAUUUGUUAGGAAAAAGCGAAAAAAUCUUAUUUAAUAUCAAUGUUGAAAACUUAAAAAAGGUAUGUCUUGUCAAGUUGUACAAUCAGAGCUCUAAUUUCCCCACAAUACCAUCUCUCUUGUACACAAUGAAAAGAUCUUUUGAUCAAGAAGAUGAUAAGGCAGAAUCAUCAAACACACCUAGAAAAAAAAUCAAGAAAGACAAGACAUCAGAUGUUGCAAAAACAGAUGAAAAACACAGUGGCACUGAUGUUAAGAAAAUUGAUAAGAUAGUUAUGAAAAAGAAGGAGAAAGUUGUAGAGAGUGUAACCAAGAUUAAAUUUAAAAAUGAUGACAAGAAAGGCGAGGUAAAACUUCUACUGUCUUACAACUAAACUGCUUUAAUGGAU